CCCAACAGAAUGCAUAUUUCUCACCUCAAAAAGAAAAGAAAAAAAGAAUGCAUAUUUCUACUGUUUUGUGUGUGGCCAGGGUUGUUUUUGUGUCCACAAUAUAAAACGAAUGCUAUUACCAGCCUGCCAAAAAGGGUCAAGAUGGUUACCACUGGUAAACAAUCAUAGUUGGGUUGAAUCCAUGGAUUUUUUAAGCGCUAGCUAGUUAUUAGCAUUGUUGCAAACUGUUCUGUGUAAAGGAGGUGUCCAGUAAAAGGCCAGCCAACUAUGACCCUGGUUGUCAUGUCUUGAGGAACAGCACUUUAUGUUUCUUUAAGUUGUAACUCUGCUUUGCAAAUAAAGAUUGACCCUGGUUGUUGACACUGAUCAAUGAUCAUGUGUGCUAUUUGUAGAUGACGUGGGCUCUAGAAUAUUAUCCAGACAUGUUCUCCACAUAUGAAGAGAGCGGGCCUACAACUGGCAGAAGUGCUCAAGGAUAUAAACCAAGAGUAAAAUCAACCAGUCAGUUUGGCAAGUACAGAGGGCGAAUAUGAAGAGCAUAGCAUAGGAUCCCUUCCCUUGGACAUAUAUACAUUGAGAUACAUUUCCACUUUGCUAGAGAAAAGUAAGAUGAGGUGCAUCCAUUCAACAAGGAAUUUGGAGGAAUUCAAACGUAUUUUAUCCCCGGAUGCUUCAGCAAAGUUUGACAAGAUACAUCAUGUGGGUGGAAAACAAGUGUCGACAAAAGGAAAAAGAAGACAAGAAGCCUGAGCACUAUAAGAAGGCCAGGUGCUCUCUGUCGACAAGUAAAGUAUACGGUUUUUUUCUUUCACUUUUUGAUUGAUGGGAAGUAAAGUAAAAGAUAGAUGACGAGGAGGAGGAGUUGGCGCCCACGAAUUUCAGCCCAGUCGACAGACACAGAUCAAAAUCAAAUCAAUGGCAGGCACUUGCUUGUUCGUGGGGUGGCCACUCACUCUCUACUAGUUGCAACAACGCACAUGUUGUAGAAACUAUAAAUAACGAUAGAUGCAACACCCAAGCAGUUUGUACACCAAGAGCGCCUGUGAAUCACUCACUAGAGCUGAAUGAAUCCCAUGGUGAAAUGCUGCCUGCUGCUCCUCCUCUUCUUGGCGGUUCUCUUGCCUGAGGCGCGCGCGACCUCGUGCCACUCCGAUGACCUACACGCGCUGUGGGGCUUCGCCGGGAACCUUAGCAGGGGGGCCGUUCUCCUUCGCGCCGCGUGGUCCGGCGCCAUGUGCUGCGCCUGGGAUGGUGUGGGUUGUGACGCCGCCAACGGCCGCGUCACGUCGUUGUGCCUUCCUGGACAUGGCCUUGUGGGGUCCAUCCCAGGAGCCUCCCUCGCAGGCCUCGCGUGGCUGGAGGAACUCGACCUCGGCUACAACAGCUUGCACAACAUCUCAGGGGCGCUCACCAUGCUGCGUGGGUGCCAGAACCUCACCACGUUAAUUCUCACCAAGAAUUUCGGCGGCGAGGAGCUACCAGGCGAUGGCUUUAUUGGGUUCAAGAGCCUCGUGAUGUUCGACCUUGGUGAUUGUGCUCUCAAGGGCAGGGUUCCGGGAUGGUUAUCUCAAUGCAAGAACUUGGAGGUCCUUGACUUGUCCCACAACCAACUGGUCGGCACCAUCCCGUCGUGGAUUGGUAGGCUUGAUCACCUUUGCUACUUGGAUCUCUCCAACAAUACAUUGGUUGGCGAGGUACCCAAGAGUUCUAAGGGCCUCAACACCUCUGGGUGUUCACCAGGUAUCAGUUUCACUAACAUGUCAUUGUAUCUGAAGCAUGGCGGAAGAAGCACACUUCGCCGACAACUUAAUCAUGCCCCAAAUGUCAUAGCUGGGACCAACAACAUUGUCAAAUCUGGGAGCAACAACGUUGUGGCUGGGAACGACAACACUAUCAUAUUUGGGAAUAACAACGCCGUAUCCGGGAGCUACCAGGUCGUAUAUGGUAAUAACCAUGUCGUAACUGGGGAUAACCAUGUCGUAUCUGGGAGCAACCAUGCCGCGUCUGGGAGCCAUCAUGUCGUGAUUGGAAAACACAAUAUUGUAUCCGGGACCCACAAUGACGUAGGUGGGAGCAAAAAUAUCGUGUCUGGUAGCAACAAUGUUGUAUCUGGGAGCCACAAUACCGUGUCCGGUAAGAACCAUUUCGUGACUGGGCACAACAAAGUCGUAACCUGAGGUUAAUGACUGUACACGCGCUGCAGCAUCCGUCUGUCCAUGUUGCCAGAAGAUGUACUUUUGGGUAUGAUAAAGAAUAAAUAACGAGACUCAUGUAUUCAGGGCAAAACUGAUGUAUCAGGAGUUUUAAUAGCUUGUAUGACAUAUCCAAAACUU